GAGCUCGAAGAUGGCGGUGUCCGUGUUUCCCGGCGUGCGGCUCCUCUCUAUUGGGGACGCGAAUGGAGACAUCCAGCGGCACUCCGAGCAACAACCUCUGCGGCUAGAGGUGAAGAGCACGCCAGACGCGGCCCUCCUGAACCUCUCCAACAAUGAAGAGUCGAGUGUGUUUAAGUGUUCAGUGUCACGGGAGACAGAGUGCAGUCGCGUGGGGAAACAAUCCUUCAUCAUCACGCUGGGCUGUAACAGUGUACUGUUGCAGUUUGCUUCCCCCGCAGAUUUCUCCUCAUUCUAUAACCUCCUGAAGAACUCCCGUGGGCAUGCGAACGAGCACUCAGUAUUCAGUGAAAGGACAGAGGAGUCGUCUGCUGUACAGUACUUUCAGUUCUAUGGCUACCUCUCUCAGCAGCAGAACAUGAUGCAGGAUUAUGUACGAACUGGAACAUAUCAGCGAGCUAUUCUUCAGAACCAUACUGACUUUAAGGACAAGGUAGUGCUGGAUGUCGGCUGUGGCUCUGGGAUCCUUUCAUUUUUUGCAGCUCAGGCUGGCGCACGUAAAGUUUAUGCUGUGGAGGCCAGCACUAUGGCUCAGCACGCAGAGGUUUUGGUUAACAGUAACAGACUGACCGAGCGUGUGGUAGUUAUUCCUGGAAAGGUAGAAGAGGUCACCCUACCUGAGCAGGUGGACAUUAUCAUCUCAGAGCCUAUGGGCUACAUGCUGUUUAAUGAGAGGAUGCUGGAGAGUUAUCUGCACGCCAAGAAGUUUCUGAAGCCUAAUGGCAAAAUGUUCCCAACCAUUGGUGAUGUCCACCUCGCUCCAUUUACAGAUGAGCAACUCUACAUGGAGCAGUUUACCAAAGCAAACUUCUGGUACCAGCCAUCUUUUCACGGGGUAGAUCUGUCUGCUUUGAGGGGAGCUGCUGUAGAUGAGUACUUCAGACAACCAAUUGUGGACACAUUUGACAUCAGAAUCCUGAUGGCCAAAUCUGUGAAAUACACAGUGAACUUUUUAGAAACUAAAGAAGAUGAUCUUUAUAAGAUAGAGAUCCCUUUCAAGUUUCAUAUGAUGCACUCAGGGCUGGUGCAUGGCCUGGCAUUCUGGUUUGAUGUUGCGUUUAUGGGAUCUGUGAUGACUGUCUGGCUCUCGACAGCACCCACUGAGCCUUUGACUCACUGGUAUCAGGUGCGGUGUCUUCUUCAGUCACCCCUCUUUGCCAAGGCUGGAGACACCAUGUCAGGCACAGCCAUUCUUAUCGCCAACAAGAGACAAAGCUACGACAUCAGUAUUGUUGCUCAAGUGGAUCAAACCGGCUCAAAGUCCAGCAACCUCCUGGAUCUGAAGAACCCCUUUUUCAGGUACACAGGCACAACCCCUAACCCCCCUCCAGGUUCACAUUACACGUCCCCAUCUGAAAACAUGUGGAACUCUGGAGGAGCCUAUAGCAUGAGCCAAGGCAUGGCUGUGUCAGGGAUGCCAGCAGCUUAUGACCUCAGCACUGUCAUUGGCGGCAGUGGUGCUACAGUUUCCCACAAUAACCUCAUUCCCCUUGGUACAGAUACGCAUACACUGAACACGGGGAUUGUCAACCACACUCACUCCAGAAUGGGCUCCAUCAUGAGCACAGGAAUUGUCCAGGGAUCUACAGCUGGCCAGCAGGGUCCGACCAGCAGCAGCACUCACUACCCGGUCACCAACCAGUUUACCAUGGGUGGCCCUGCCAUUUCAAUGGCUUCACCCAUGGCCAUCCCCAGCAACACAAUGCAUUAUGGGAGCUAAGGCCUUUCCUGCUGCCCCCCUUUCCCCUUGCAUGUCCAGCCUCCCAAAACUGACCACGGCCAAAACCAGAAAACCGUAGUUCUGCAUUUGUUGGCUAUCACUACUAUCCCUUGUCCUAAUGUAUAGUCAUAUAUAUAUAUUUCAUUCCUUCUCUCUGGUGUUACUUACAUAUCCGUCCCUCUAUUCGACAACACCAGCCAUUGCUCCGUCAACGAGAGGUGCUCAUGCUUGCCUCCUUUCCAACAGUAUGGUUUCAGGAUUAUUAAUUUGAAAGCAAUGGAUGGACUUGAGCUUUGGGAUGACAUUGGUAUUUAGAACUGUUUUAAAAGUAAGGAAGUACUGUUCAGAUGUAUGUUCAAAUAAGAGACACUCAUAAAUGUCAAUGUUGGAUCAUUGGCGUCACCCUGAGAUUUGUGACAGGAUUAUUUUGCUGUUUCUAAGGUCUCACUGUUGUAUUUCUGCUUUAUCAUGCCCAGCUGGCCAUCCUUUACAAUUCUUAGCAUGAAAUUGACUCUCAGCCUCUUUCUCUGUUUAUCAAUAUGCAGUGUGACUAGAUAUCAUUUCUGGCUUCCAUGGUCAUAUAUGUAGUCUUCAUAUCAUGUAUAGAACUUGUGUAGAUAAAUGCGUUCAUUACAGCUCAUCUAAUUCCUAGGCGUCGCUUUUAACAUAGUGUACAGGAAGGCGUGUUCCUCCAGAUUCUCAAGCUUCAUCACCACCACCAAUAAAGUCAAACUCCCUCUGUUUAAGCAAAUAAGUAUUUGAGGACUCUGCUGUUUCAGAAUGUUGCUUGUAUUCUGCUGCCUGGAUUUCUGGAAUGAAUUGAUGAAUUCUUCAAAGGAUGGAGGAAGUUCUCUGACAGACUCAUACAUUGCUGAAGAAGGACACUUGUUUGAAUCAGCAACAUUCUAGUUUACAUCAACUUCCCAAUUCCCUACUGUGACCUGUGCAUUAGACUUUUAAGCUAAACAAAGAAUUACAACCAACAUCUUUUCAAGCUUUGACCUUUAAUUUUCCUUUAUUUUCCCCCUAUCAUUUCCUACCUCCCCAUGCUGGGUCUAUGACGGCCUACACAAAGACUGUUUAACAUGUAUGCAUUGCUUCCAGCCACACCUUUUUUUAGUUUAGCUUUUGAUUUGAUCUAGAUAAAUCCAUUGCAUAGGAUGCCUGCUAGUUUGUAGAAUUAACCCUUUGCUUAUUUUUUUUCUUUCACAAAAAAGCAACACUCAAAAGCAAAAAAAGUGCAAAUUAAAUGUUGGUGGAGAUUUCCCUACAAA